GGUUUCCGUAUAGGUUAAGAUAGAUAGCACACCACCUAUGUUCUACUAUAAAUCAGACACCUCACAACGCAAAUCUCACCACCACACAUAUCUCAGCACCAAGUCUUUUGAGCUACAAAGUCCAGAGUAUAAGCUUGAAACUUUUCUCCACCAUCUCUACCACUCUGCCAGAGUGUUGCUAUUGCAACUAACUUGGAAAUUACUACAGCAAAGGGAAGUCUGGACAGUCAACAAACUAAAGAAGUUUAAAUAUGAUAAAGAUCAGGAAUGUAAACCAACCCAACUAUUUAUGUCACUUGAGAAGGAUCAACAAAUAAGGAGCAUACUAACAAAACAGAGGCCUGAGAGACUAAGAGCUACAAACUCAUUCUCAGAUAGAGCUCAACAUUCCCUUAAUGCUAAACAAAUAAAAAUUUACAUUUGUAAAGUUAUUAUUCCUAUAAUUGUAAUUGUAAAAUCGUUAUUGGUAAGUUGUAUACAAUUCAUUUUUUUAAUAUAAGUAUUCACUACCUACCACAUCUAAUGAAUAAAUAAUAUAUGAUCGAG